AUGGAUUUAGCUUGUUUGAAAGGAUUUGUUGAUGCGAAAUCUUUUUGCAAUUGUAAGUAGCAUGAAGUUAGAAUAAGAUAUAUUUGUUUGGAGCCUAACUGCGAGCAAAGGCUUUCGACUAUUUGUUCUAUUUGCUUAAAAUAUGAGCAUAAAGGUCAUUAAAAUAUAGAAAUUACACAAUUUUAUCAUAUUUUGAUAAACGAAAUGGCUGGUGAAUCAUAGGAUUUAAGCUAAAGCAAAGAUAAGCUCUUAGAAAAAGAUAAAAUUAUAUGCUAAAAAAUGAAAGAAAUGGAUGAUUUAUUAUUUGAGAUAGAAAUACUCUUUAAAACAGUAAAAUAGCUUUACAAAGAUACAAAAUCUGCUAUUGAUAAUAUGAAAGAACUUAUAAAAGAAAGCCCUACUCCAUCUCAGCAAGUAUAUCAAUAAAUAGAGUAAUCUUUGAUAGGAAAGCAUUGGAAAGAAAGCACAUAAAAAGGAAUAAAUUUUAGAAUAAAAAACAUUUUUGAUAACAUUCAAGAAUACGACGGAGAAUUUCAGAUAGACUCUAACUCUCCAAAAUUAUAACAUAUAGCAAACUAAAUUACAUAUUUUUUAUAGUUUUAUGACUAAAAGCUUAAAGCUUGUCAUUUGCAGCUUGAACAAUGUUUUGAAUUAGCCAAUAUAAAAUUUAAAAAUACUUCGUGUUUCGAAGACUAACUAGCUUUUGCAAAUAUAUAUACUGAAUAAAACCUAAUCACCCUACCAUAAAACUCAACUAAAAUCUGGGUGCACUAUAUUGAGAAGCAGACAGAAGAAUACUUAAAAAAUUUAACUUGCCCUUAAAUAAUUUACUUUGAUAUUCCUGGUAAAAUAGGGUAAAAUAAACACAGCUUAAACUGCAUUCAAAAUGUAACUUAAAAACAUGGCUAAAAUUUACAGUCUCUUUUAUUGAAUUUCAAUAGCUGGCAAAACAUUACAAUUAAUAGCUUUCAAUAGAUUGAUAAUAUUUUAACUCCAUGCUAAAACUUAAAAGUGUUACAGCUAAAUCUCUUUAAAUGGAAUAUUAAUAACAUAGAGGAAGUUGCUGAAAAUUAGGAUAGAUUUGAAAUUAUUUUGAAUUCAAUUGUCAAACUUAGAUAGCUGGAAGCCCUGACUCUAUUUUUAGGAAAGUGGAAUAAUAUAAAAAACUAAAAUAUAAUUUAACUAUCUGACUCAAUAACAUAAUUUUAAAAUCUUGAAUCAAUUGAUCUUUAGUUUCCUGAAUGCAAUGAACACAGUGUGAAUGACGAAGCUUUGAAGCUCUUUGCAUCUAAAUUGAAGCUAUAACCAAACCUUAAAAAUAUAAAUCUUAACUUAAAUUGCUGGUAUAGAGAAGGAAGUUAGUUAACAGAACAAAGUUUAAAUUAUUUCUUAUCCAUAUUAAUGGUCAGAUCGUUCAAUUAAUUUUAAUUAAGUGUUAGAGGUUCUACCGGAGUUGGAUAGCCUUACUUACAAAGAUUGUCUUAUGAAAUCAAGAAAAUAAAAUUUGCAUCUCUCGUUUUCUGA